AAAUAUUCUCUGAGAAAGAGAGUAUGGCGGAAGAGCACAAACUUAAAGCUCCAGAAGGACACCGUCUCUGCGCCAACAAUUGCGAGUUCAUCGGCAGCCCAGCGACCUUAAAUCUUUGUUCCAAAUGCUACGGAGAUCUCUGCCUCAAGGAGAAACAGGCCUCCUCCGCCAAGUUCACCGUUGAGAAAUCCCUCGCCGCCGCUUCCUCACCCUACUCCUCGUCUUCUUUGCCGUCAUCGUCGACAGCUCGUCUUUCCCCUCUCCCUCUAACCUUACCGACGGCGGAAACCGUCGAUGACCGACGGGCUCCAUUGACCAUCUCGUCUGCCACCGCCGUUGCGUCACCAUCGGAGUUGCUGCCACCACCGAUGGCGGUGUCGCAGCCGAAUCGAUGCUCGACGUGCCGGAAACGUGUUGGGUUGACUGGGUUCAAGUGCAGGUGUGGGACCAUCUUCUGCGGGAUGCAUCGGUACCCGGAGCAGCAUAGUUGCACCUUCGAUUUCAAGGGGAUGGGGAGGGAGGCCAUAGCUAAGGCCAACCCUGUCGUCAAGGCGAAGAAGCUCGAGAAGAUCUGACGCUGUUUCUGAUAUGAACAUAAUGUGUAAAAA